AUGAAGGAAAAGAUCAAGGCUGUACUCCAUAGAAGGAAGGGGUCAACACCAACACAAUCGCCCCGUGCCUCAUAUGAGCAGUCUGAAGGGGUUAGCCCACGUGCUGAAAAGCUUCCUAGCUCUCCCAGUCAACGCCAUCGACGGAAAUCUUCGGCUUCUCAGAGCGCCUCUCCUCGAACAGAAUAUGCCCAACAGCCCAAGACCACUCACGCAGCUACCCUGCCACUUGAAUUUGUCCACAACACCCUGUCUGACAACAUCAAAUCCGUCAAUUCUUCCUCUGAUGAAAACACACCCAUUGCCCCUACACUUGCUCCUAGCAAACAGUCGAUAGUGGCAGAUGCCAAUGUCGGCCACUCAGCAUCGUCUCAUGGUGAUCUAUCAAAGCCCCUCCCACCGACACCAAGUUCCACCAGCUACAAUCACGGCGAUGCUCAGGACAAACUGGUGGGAAGGGCUGUCACCACCAAUGGCAGCAUUGUAGGGGGAGCGCAACCAUACGACCUAGAAGACCUUGCAAGGCCACCACAGAGCUUAGAGAGAGAACACCAUGUCCACCAGGAUAUGGCUGUCAAGCCUGCGGGAUUCGAUUCUACGAGCGAUAGGCACGGUGUGUAUGGCGGUGAUGAGGAGUGGCAGGUCAAGCAGAAAUCGAUGCUCAAUGGCAUAGUUGAUUUGAAUGACACGGUUGAAACAGACAGAGAGACAUCAUGGGCACCUGCGGUCACACAUGAGGUCGUCAAGCCACACGAGCACGAAAUUGUCCAGCACAAAAUCUACCGAGAGAUUCACAACUAUACUUACUACCACCGACUGCAGCCUGUAAUGCAGACCGAAGUUCUCCCACCUCGUCACUUUAUCCCCAAUCCCGAUGGAGAGGGCCUAAUUGAGAUUUCUGCUGAUGAGCUACCGUCUCGUACAGGCAAAAAUAGGUGGUGGGAUAUUGUGCAAAAGGAACCCGUGCUUCCAGAAGCUCCGUUCCAAUGGCGCACCGAGCCGCAAAUCAUUGAGGGAAAACCAUACAUGACGGACGAAGGCUUUGAGCGUAGAGAAACGACCAUCAUAUACCCACCAACGCUGGAAGAUAUGUCGGGUUACGACGGAAUAGUGCAGCCAGUUCACUUCGACCACAAGACUGGGAAGCGCUGGCUGGGAGAGCCGACAACCAUGGACAAACUACAGCGACAGGUGGACGGUACAAGCGAAGAGGAUUUUAUGACGAUGAAGAACAUCACGGCCGACUUGCCUGAAAUACCCAACAGCCCGUCGGUCAAGCGAAGGCCCGUUGGUAGAGACUCGCUAUAG